AUGGAAGAAGAAGUAGCAAGGAGGAAAUUGGUCAUUGUUGGCGAUGGAGCCUGUGGCAAAACUUCACUACUAUACGUGUUCACCCUAGGAGAGUUCCCCACCGAGUACAUACCAACUGUUUUCGAAAACUAUGUGACUGACUGUCGCAUUGACGGGAAGGCGGUGCAAUUGGCAUUGUGGGAUACUGCAGGACAAGAAGAAUAUGAGCGUUUACGACCCCUAUCUUACAACAACUCCCACGUCAUUUUAAUUGCAUUCGCACUAGAUACCCCCAAUUCGUUUGAGAAUACGCGAUCCAAAUGGGUGCAAGAGGUUAAGAAAUACUGUCCCAACACACCGUAUAUUUUAUGUGGUUUGAAAAAGGAUUUACGAGUAAAUACAAAGGACCGUCGGCGUUUUGUUCAAGUCGAUAUGGGUGAAGAUAUGGCCCGUAUGAUUGGGGCAAAGACAUAUUUAGAAAGUUCAGCAUUGACUGGUGAGGGUGUUGAUGAUAUAUUUGAGUAUGCAACGAGAUUGAGUUUACUCCAAGGUUCAAAACUGAAUGAUAAGUGCUGCACGAUUUUAUGA